GAAGAAGACUCGUAUUGGGCCGGGGCUUCGAGUUUUUCCCCUUUUGCAACGAACGCCUUUUUAGCUGGGCUCUUGAAGCUUUGCGGUCUCUUGGUAGGCCGGACCCAGUACUUGUUCUCCAUCGUGCCGCCAGUCCACUCGCCGCCGCCGUCCCCCUCUGGCUCCCUUUCCCUUUGUCGCGCCGCCGCCACCGUCUCUUGUCUCGCCUGUCGCCACCUCAAGAUGUGGGGCGGCGACGACGGAGGGACUCCGGAGGUCACCCUGGAGACCUCCAUGGGCGCCUUCACCGUCGAGAUGUACCACAAGCACGCGCCCAAGACCUGCAGGAACUUCGUCGAGCUCGCGCGCCGCAAAUACUACGACAACGUCGUCUUCCACCGCAUCAUCAAGGAUUUCAUCGUGCAAGGUGGGGAUCCUAGUGGAACAGGCAGGGGCGGCGAAUCCAUCUACGGAGCAAAAUUUGAGGACGAGAUAAGGCCAGAUCUGAAGCACACCGGGGCUGGGAUUCUAUCAAUGGCAAACGCUGGUCCGAAUACAAACGGGAGCCAGUUCUUCAUCACUCUUGCACCUUGUCAAUCACUGGAUGGUAAGCACACAAUUUUUGGGAGAGUAUCCAGAGGAAUGGAAAUUGUUAAGCGCCUUGGAAGUAUUCAGACCGACAAAAAUGAUAGGCCCAUCCAUGAAGUGAAAAUCCUGCGGACUGUUGUUAAAGAUUGAAGCACGGCUGUUGUCAUGGAACUCUUAAUCUUUGGUUGUAGCUGUUUCACAUGAGCAUGUAUUCCCAGUUUGACUGGGAGGUCUUGUAAUGUCAACUUGUACUUUGGUGUUCCUUUUUUUAACGAUGAAUCUUGCUUGCAUAUGAUCAUUUGACGAGUACCAAAAAAAAUAUGAUUAGUUA